AUGAUGAUAUCUGAGAAACCAUUGGGGGAGGAGUCAAUCCGGCAGGAUCUGGAGAGUUUAACCGUGUCGAAGCGGCUCGUUAAAAGUGUUAGCCAGAAGUUAAAGAGAAAGAACAAUAGAACUGAUGUGGAAGAUGCAGAGGAUGCAAGGGGAGUGGUGAAUUGUCUACACAUUAGUGGUAGAGGUGUUGGUAGCAAAGUUGCGGAUACGGGUGAGGAUUUUGAGUAUCCAAGGAAUAAGAGAUGGUCCAGUGCUAGUGAAGAGGGUAAGGGAUUCACAACAAUUUGUGGAACAGAAGAAACUAGGUUAGAUUGCUUUUCGUAUGGGGUAAAAGAGAGGUUCUGGAAGAAGAAUAACAGAAAAUAUCUAAUGAAUGACUCGGUUCAGGACGGACGAAAUAACAUUUUCCUUCCUGAUGAUAUUCUGGAAAUGUGCUUGGUAAGGCUUCCUUUGACCAGCCUAAUGAAUGCGCACCUUGUUUGCAAGAGAUGGCGAUACAUGGUCACCACCCCGCGGUUUCUCCAGCUGAGACGACAAGGCUCCUUUCAAACCCCAUGGUUAUUUCUGUUUGCUGCUCUUAAAGAUGAUGGCUGCUCCUCUGGUGAAAUUCAAGGGUAUGAUGUAUCUCAAGACAGAUGGCAUAGGAUUGAAUCUGAUGUACUUAAAGGGCGGUUUAUGUACUCAGUGACGAGCAUUCAUGAGGAGGUUUAUGUAAUUGGAGGCCGUUCUGUGGACAGAAACUCUUUCAAGACCCACAGAGGGAUCUUGGUAUUCAGCCCUUUAACCAAAACAUGGCGUAAAAUUGCGUCUAUGAGACAUGCUAGAUCACUUCCCAUCGUUGGAGCCUGUGAAGUUACUUCAGAAUUCUCGACCGUACAGAUUCAACAGAAUCGCCAAGAUAGACGCUUUCUGCGGUCAAGAACUGGCGGGGUUUCAGACGUUUAUGAAGACCCUCACAGGCUAUCUGUAAGACGCCAGCACAGAAGCUUGGCUGAUCAAAACGAAACUAAAUCUCACAGAUCAACAAGACUAAAGCUUGAUCGGCUAAACCGAAACAACUCCAAGAGAUUUGUGCUCAUUGCCAUCGGGGGCACUGGAUUGUUCGAUGAGCCAUUAGAUUCUGGUGAAAUAUACGACUCAGCAACAAACACAUGGUCAGAGAUCCAGAGACUCCCGAUGGAUUUUGGGGUAGUUCGUUGUGGGAUCAUAUGCAAUGGAAUCUUCUAUGCUUAUUCUGAGAAUGAUAAGCUAUCAGGGUAUGACAUAGAGAGAGGCUUCUGGAUUGCCAUCCAAACAUCUCCAAUCCCUCCUCGGGUUCAUGAGUUCUACCCCAAACUCGCCUCCUGCAACCACCGGUUGUUCAUGCUUUCAGUUUCGUGGUGCGAUGAAGGAGAUGGACAAAUUGGGAGGAGAAACAAAGCUGUGAGAAAGCUGUGGGAAUUGGAUCUUAUGUACCUAACAUGGUCUGAGGUUUCAGUACACCCGGACGCGCCUAUGGAUUGGAACGCCACAUACGUCUCAGACCAGAACAUUUUAAUGGGAGUUGAGAUGUUCAAGAUCUUUGGGCAGGUAUUAGGUUUCUUCACUGUCUGUGAUAUAUCAAGGGAAGAAGCCUCAUGGAGACAUGUAUCGAGGAACCACAGAAGUCAGAAACUUAAUCUAUCUUGUAUGAACAAGACCAUUGCCUUGCUUCAUCUCUGA